ACAGCUGAACCACGCCAAAACCCCAGCCCGUCCAAGUGCCGGUGCUUGUGCCCGCUCGUUGUUCUAAGGUCGCUCCUUCGGCCCUAAGAUUCCACCAUGGCUGUCGGUAAAAACAAACGUUUGUCUAAGGGCAAGAAGGGUAUCAAGAAGAAAGUCGUGGACCCUUUCACGAGGAAAGACUGGUACGACAUCAAGGCGCCAUCAAUAUUUGAGAAGCGCAACAUUGGGAAGACUCUUGUCAAUCGGUCGCAGGGCCUUAAAAACGCCAAUGACUCGCUGAAGGGUCGCAUCGUCGAGGUCUCACUUGCAGAUCUGAACAACGAUGAAGAGCAGGCAUUCCGCAAGAUCAAGCUCAGGAUUGACGAGGUCCAGGGCAAGAACUGCCUGACAAACUUCCAUGGCAUGUCGUUCACCUCCGACAAGAUCCGGUCGCUUGUGCGCAAGUGGCAAACUCUCAUCGAGGCGCACGUUGAUGUCAAGACGACCGACGGCUACCUCCUUCGUCUCUUCGCGAUUGGCUUCACCAGAAAGCGCCCUGCGCAGGUCCGCAAGACCACGUACGCGCAAACGAGCCAGAUCCGCGAGAUCCGACGGAAAAUGUUUGACAUUAUUACGCGGGAAGCAACAUCGUGCGACUUGAAGGAGCUCGUUCAGAAGUUCGUGCCGGAGGCGAUCGGUCGCGAGAUUGAGAAAGCGACUCGCGGCAUCUACCCUCUUCAGAACGUCUAUGUCCACAAGGCGAAGAUUCUAAAGGCACCAAAGUUCGACAUGUUGAAACUUCUUGAGCUACACGGCGAGUCGACAGAUGAGACGGGCACGCGGGUUGUGAAGGACUUCCAGGAGCCGGAGAUCCUCGAUACGGUGUAA